CUCCACACUUCUCAUACCAGGAUUUUGUUUUCCAGUUGUAGGUUUUCGGUAUCAUGUAAGUUGCCGCAUCUAAAGCGUGCUCGUACUCCAUGAAUUUCCUGUCGAAUUCCGCCUUUCCUUGUUGCUUGUUCUCGGAUUCUCCAUCUCCUGUUGGGACGUUGUCCGUAUUCUUGGCUUUGUUGAUCGCGUCGGCUGCAGUUCCCAAGACCGUGGUAAAUUUUGAGACUAGCUCACUUUCUGAAUACGACCUUUCCUUCUCGAACUCCCCGAGCUUCUUGAUGGCGAUUCCCAAAGGCUCCAGAGCUUCCUCCCAGACUGUCUUCUGUGGCUCGCUAGAAGACAUGAUCAGACCCUUGAAGGUGACUGUUGUGCAGCGUAUGGGAUUGAUUGAACACAGAGUGACUCGUUUUGUACGAAAUCUACACACUUUCAUCAACUAA